AUUUUUUCUAAUCUUUUGGCAAAUUUUCAUUGGUUUCAUUGUAUUAUAACAUUUUCUUGCAAAAUCAACUAAAAAAUAGCAAAUAUCUUAAUAAAUUUAAAUUAUUUAUAUAAAAAAAAGUUUUUUGUAAUCGAGAGUAUAAAAAUAAGUUUAAAAAGUCAUGCUUUCUCACUUAAAAGAUAUAUUAAAAUAUAGCAUACAAUAUGCCUGUGUAACCCACUGUUUUUUUGAAUACAUUGGUGAUUUUGUGGUGUGCAGUGGCCCCUCUAUGGAACCCACACUUUUCUCCAACAAUAUUCUACUCACCGAAAGGAUAUCAACACGUUUUCAUAAACCCAAUCGUGGUGAUAUCAUCAUAGCUGUUUCGCCCACCAAUCCCGAGCAAUAUAUAUGUAAACGAGUGGUGGGUUUGCCGGGUGAUAAAGUUAUCUUAGAACAGCCACCACCACCGCCACCAACAGAUCUUCAUGGCUUAACAAAUGAUGGUGGUAAAGUGAAAACUACUGCCUCUACUACGUCCAGCACCUCCGUCAUAACAGAAGAUUAUGUUCCGCGAGGUUUUGUUUGGAUCGAGGGAGAUAAUCAGAAAAAUAGUUCAGAUUCUAGAUAUUACGGUCCAAUACCUUUGGGUUUGAUAAAGAGUAGAGCGGUGUGCAGAAUAUGGCCGUUAAAUGAAAUGAAAUUGUUAUGAAAAAUAGAGAGAGAAAUACAAAGGAGGGUAAUUUAAAAAA